CGUUCCUUCACCGUCACAUGACCGGAAAAUAAAAAAUGAAGCGGUUGAGUGUGAGCGCUUUUGAAAUGAAAACAAACCCCACUGGCGGCCUUUUGCCUGAUUUAUUAGCCAUAUAAUAGAUACAUAAUGCUGCAUAUAUUUCUAAAUAAAUGAGAGACAGACUCGUGAAUGAACAGCAAUGAGGCGGAAAGCUAAAACUGAAGAGCAAAUGCAUCAAGCUUGGGCUAAUUACAGCUGGGGAUAUGCAAGCGUGACCUUUUAAUGUGGGACAUAUUGCUCCAUCAUGGAUGAAUCGGACCAGGAUUUUGUGGAUCUCUGCUCAAAGCUGCUAAAACGAGUCCGCAAGAAACCAGGUGAGUCCAGACAGCCGAGGAAAGCAGAGCAUCAGCCUCCCAGUCAGGCAAGCGAUGGAGACAAGAGGAGGAGAAAUACCAAAAGAGAUGGAGACUCUGGGUCGCAGCCUGUUUGUACUGGUGCAGAGGCAGAAGGGCUUGUGGUCCGUGGAGGGACUGGACAUGAUGCAGGAGAUGCUGAGUCAUCAGUUGUGCCUUCAGAAGCAGCAGCAGGACCGAGAACUGAGAGAGGUUCGACAGCGAAAGACAAAGUACUCCACAGAAUGCAACAGUUCAAGAGAGCCAGUCCGCAGAGGAUGGUGUACAAGGACAAGAGCCAGCCAACAAACCACGAGAGUGUUCCUCCUCCACCUCUGGCACAAAGACAAGAUACUCCAGAGUAUUUCAGCCCAGGUCUCCACCUGCAGCCGCAGGACAGCGAUGAGGCUCUGGCCCAGCGGCUGCAGCAGGAGCUGGACAGGGAGGCAGCAGAGGCCCAGACGGUGGACCUGGAGGAGGGAGGCCUCUUCUUCUGUCAGAUCUGCCAAAGAGAUCUGUCGCAUAUGACACCUGAGGGGCGAACACAGCAUCUCAACAGGUGUUUGGAUGAGAGUGAAGAGAGCGCCCCAGCCCCCCCUCCUCCGCCUCCCGGUGUCCCCAACUGUCCCAUCUGUGGCAAGAAGUUCAAGUCCCAGAAGAGUCGCUCGACCCACCUGAAGCGCUGUUCCUCAGAUAUGGGCGUCGCUCCGGCUGUGCUGCUGCAGGCUGUGCAACGACAGACUGAGGAGACCCAGGAUGUCCCAACUGCUAACACAGCCGCACAGACUGGUCACACUAAAAGAAAAGGCUCAUCCAACCCGGGCAUCCCAGCGAGGAAGAAGCCCAGGAAGAAGAUCGCGCCGCUGGACGAAGACACCAUGGUGGCGCUGGCUCUGUCCUCCUCCCUGCUGGAACAGGAAAAGCAGAGCGAGAGGGAGUCAGAGAGGCAGCAGUUACAAACUGCAGCAUUGAAAUGGAGGCCAGACACAGGUAAGGUGCGUGGAAAGAGGAAAAAGGGCGGCGUCCCUCGUCCUCCCCCGCUCCUCCUCGUUCAGGAUGCCGAGGCGGCUCUGACGAGGCUGCAGGAACGCAUUUCUGCUCUCCUCCUACGCAGCCGGGCGCCCUCUCCCCCCACCCCGACCCGCUGCCCCAGCAGUCUGCCUGCCUGGAGCGGAGCUGCCCCCCUCUGGCAGAAGAGCACACUACUGGACGGAGCCUCCACCGGUCCGUCGGACUUCUACACUCCUGAGCUCAGAGAGUUCAUCACGCCUUGGGAAUCGGCAACGACUGAUGCAGCCGCCUCCAGCACCAUCAACAAGCCUGAGUCUUCUGUUCAACCUGUGAGAGAAGGAACUCCUAUCACAGGGACCGGGGCCUCCGUCCUGCCGGCUCCUUCCACCCCAGGGACGGGGCAGCUCCCAGUGGGCAGCCAGGCCCUCCUGAUGGACCUGAUGGAGCUGGCUGAAGACGGUUGUGACCCUCACCCAGAGGGGUCACAUCGCUUCAGGCCCUGUUUUCGGUUCCUAAUUGUCUUUGUUCCCGCAGAGAGGAGCUCCAGUCAGAUCACAAACCUUCGUCUGAGUGGCUUCGUCCCGGAGGAGUCGGAGGAGCAGGCUGACCUCUGUGUGAGCGGCUUCCUACCAGAAACGGCACACGCACAUUCAGAGGACGCCCGCAGCCGAGCGAGGAGGACAACCGACCCGCCGGGGGCAGAUGAAGAGCGACACCGCCACCGAUCAGCGGCGCUUUCCAGACUGGCAUCGGAUCUGAGCAGCAUGGUGAACAACCCUCAGCUCAGUGACCUGCAGCUGCAGGUGGACAGUGGAGACGUCUACUUUGCUCAUUCCUUCAUGGUGUACGCACGAUGCCCCCUGCUGGCAGAAAUGGUACAUGAAAGUGGUUUUGGGGUGCAGGAAGAAGGCGUGCCUGCAGCCCAGAGGGUGUUGUUGAACGACGUCCCGGGACAGGCGGUGUUUGCUCUGCUGCAGCAUCUCUACACAGCCAGCUGCUCCAUCCCAGCUUCACUGCGGCCUCAUGUACUGGAGCUUGCAUCCAGGUUUGACUUGCAGGAGCUACAGCGGCUUUGCGAGCCCGAGGACUACACGAACCGGGAAGAGAACGUCAACGAGCAAACGCAGCAGGCCUUCACCGAGCUGCUCCGCUCCAUGUGGUACGAAGAGGAUGAAGAGGAUGAGGGCGCGGAAACAGACGGAGGCAGGGACGAAGAGAGAGAACUGGAAGAAGAUCAUCAAGCCGAUGACCUCUCAUCAGGUGACGGAGAGAUCAGCGAGGAGAAGGUGAACGAGGAAGAGCUGGAGGAGAUCUAUGAGUUCGCCGCCACGCAGAGAAAGAGGGAGGAGGAGACGGACAGCAUGGAGGAGGAGGAAGAGGAGGAGAAGGUAGACGAGGAAGAAGGUGGAGAACAAGUGUUCGCAAAACUGACAGAACCCAAAAGAGGCUUCAGCGUGAAAAGUCUGCAGCCAAACUCGGACCCCAGUCUGGAUCGCAGCUACAGCCGCCUCUUCUCAGACUCCUGGGGGGUCUACGAGGAAGACCCUUCCUCCGUACCCUCCACCUCCGGCCUGGCUAAAACACACCCCCCUCAAUCCCAACAACACCCGUCUCCUCAUAAACCCUCAUCUGAACAGCCCGGGAGAACUUUGCUUCAGUCUUCAGCGAGCGUAGUUGACGACCUUUCCCCCAGCCCCCCACCCAGUACAUCAAACCUGCCUAUCCCGGGACAGUCUCCCGCUCUAGUGGGUGACUCUGGUGGAGACGAGGGAACAGAUUCUCCGGCUUUGAAGCGAGAAAAGCCAAGGUCCUCGUCGUAUUUGUGUCCCCGUUUCUUCUCCCAAUUCACCUCAGGAAAUUCGAGCGAGGACAUGAACGUCGUUCUUAGUUCCCGCAGUCCCUCGCCGCUUUCCCCUUGCGCUGUCCAGAACCUGCUGAGCUACACCCAGAUAAAACCUCCUCCAAUCCUGAAACCUAAUGAACCCACCCUGGAGAUUAAAGGGUUGGGAAGUUUACAGUUUAGUCCUGAUGAUACAUCUGCAGAGCCAGUUCAGAGUCAUCCAGGUCUAGCAGACUGUUCUCCAGAAGUCUCCUGGCUGAUCCCAUCCACGCCGCUCCAGUCCCGCAGCACCUCGUCCAGCUCCACUCAGACUAAAAGCAGCAUGUGCAGGACGCAGCUGUUCCCUAAAGGAGACGCUUCGUCACUCUCGUCCUCUGUUUUUGCUUCUCCCUCUUCUGUUCUAAAAGAAGCAGCAGUUGUGACGCGAGUAACGAUAGAGCAGCGUUUGCGGCGCCCCCGUGCCAACCUAAGCUCUCAAGCGCGACCUCCUCAAAGCAGGAUACCCCCCUCCACACCCCGCGCCAGCCUUACAGCAGCACUCCCCUGCACACGGAUUUCCACAAAGCCCCCGUUCUUCUUGCCUCCCCGCUCCACAGCAGCCUCGAUAAGAGGUGGACAAGUCAAGGAAGGGACAAGACUGAGUUGGGGAGCUUUCACCUCUCCCCCCUGUCUGACCCUUCAGAUCCGACCUCAUCUUCCUCUCACAGAGGUCGACGCUCUGAGUCCAGCAGUCGCAACAACACAGAGCCUGAGCUCAACAGGAGGGGGGGAAAGAAAUGAGGACGAAGCAGGAGGGAUAAAGAGUGAUAAUACGGACACAGGUGAUGGAGGAGAGCAGGAAGAAGCAGAAACUGGAGAGGCAGAAGUUGCUGAGUCUAGUUUCCAGCAGAGCUUCAUGGACGAGCCCCCCAUUGCUUUCAACAACUCGUGGGGUUUCGACGCCUGUGUCGAGGCAAACCCAGGCUGCUUCAGUCUGAGGCUGGAGGACAGCGGAGCGUCCAGCCAGCAAGGCGAGCGCAGCCUGGGACAAGACGCAGCGUCCUCUACCGCCCGUCAACCCUCACCAGCCAGUCACAGGCCGGCCUCCGCUACAGCCAAAGCCCACAGUACACAACCACCCAGCAGUGUACCGGCUCAUACAAGCCUCCCCCUCACGCCUGCUCCACCUGACCGCACGAGCCAGGCCACACCAGAGAUCAUCAACAACCUCCUGGACUCUAAAAUAUGGGACAGCUGGGAGGAGGAGGAGGAGGAGGCUCUUCCUCUCUUUCAGAGGGUGAACCCUUCCACCCAGCUUAAAACACCGACAUCAUCACACAAUAAAAGGCGUCGCACCAUGGUGCCCAUCACCCCCUUGCCCCAGUACUCUGACAUGGACACACCGGAGCUCAAGAACAAACUCAACAGGUUUGGUGUUCGGCCUUUACCGAAGCGCCAGAUGAUCCUCAAACUGAAGGAGAUCCACCAGUACACCCACCAGCUGGUCAGCACCGAUUCUGAGGACGAGGCCCCCUCGGUUCAGACGAAGCACCCACCCACCAUCUCAGCCUCCUGCACCCAGAGAGUAAAGUUCAAAGAGCCCACAGCGCCCGCUGCCGUGUCCCCUCUGAAAGCCAACAGAGAGGAGGCGGAGCUGCUGUCGGCCUCACAGGGCUCCAACACCUCCUCGACCGCUGCCAGUGAAGAAUCUGAAAGGUCCAACCCAGAACUGUGCCUCUCCUCCGACUCAGACAGCGAUGGCGGCAUUACUGCCUCCCAGUCAGUGAACCGCCUUCAGGAUCGCCUGCGGGCCGUGCGCUCCUUCAUCCUGUCUGACUCCGGACUGUACAGUCAGAUCCUCCAGUACCAGCCUCUGGUCUUGUCCCAGCUCCAGGAGCGACUGAAAGCAGCAGGGAUCCGCCUGGGUGCCGCCAAGCUGGUGGACUAUCUGGACUCCCAGUGCAUCACCUUCACCACAGCCAAGCCGGGCCACUCCACAACCAGCCGCAGGCGGGGGAAGAAGACGGGCAACAGGACAAAGGCAGCGGGCAGGAAAAGAGCUGUUACAGCCAACAUUUGAAACUGCAAGAAAGGUUUAACUGUGAGGUGGCAGGUUUAUUUAAGCGCUUUGAACAUUUGUCUGUAAAUAACUUGAGGCAGAAGAGGCCGUGAGAACGUUUGUGUUUGGACAGCUGGCACUUGGCUGAUUCCUGAAGAGUAGACUUUAACUAUGUAAAGAUACAAAUGUUUCUUCACAGAAGGUUUUGUUAUUUAAGUAUUUCGUUUUAAAUGUUGCAUUAUGAACCCACUGUGAAAAUAAAAAAAAGCGGUUAAUGUU